CUGAAAUUGGCGCUCGCAUUCCUCUCCGCCGCUCUCUUCUUCAAAUUCCGGCCGUCCGCCGCCGAUUUGCCGUCGCUCACACUCAAAAACAUUGUUGACUUGCCAUGGAUGCUCUGAGCAGCUGCAACUUCACCUCCAAACCCCAACCAAAGCCUCCAAAUUUGCUUCACCCUCUCCACCAAACCCUAAUUAAAACCCUCGAAAAUGAUUCGUUCAGAAUCAAUUCAUCACCGGCGCCAAUUUACCCACUCGCAUCUCCGAAGAAGAAACUGAAAAAAUUCCACGACAAAGAUGCAUUCCCAAACUCCAUACCCAUCCACAGAAAAAACCCACACGCCAUUUACAGAGAUAUCCAGAAAUUCGCCAUUGAAAACAAGCUCAAGGAAGCUCUUGCUAUAUUGGACUACCUAGACCACCGUGGAAUUCCGACCAACGUCACCACAUUCUCCUCCCUGAUGUCCGCCUGCACGAGAGCGAAAUCGAUCGAGGCGGCGAGACAGGUCCACGCGCACAUACGAAUAAACGGCCUCGUCGAGAACGAGUUCCUGCAGACGAAGCUAGUCAACAUGUACGCGGGUUGUGGGUCGAUUGAGGAUGCGAAGAAGGUGUUCGACGAUAUGUCUGUGAGAAGCGUGUACCCGUGGAAUGCACUGCUUAAGGGUAAGGUGACGUUGGGCCAUCGCAAUUCCGGUGAAGUAUUGGGUUCGUUCUUGGAAAUGCAGGCCUCUGGUGUGGAGUUGAACGUUUACAGCUUUUCUUGCUUGAUCAAGAGCCUGGCUGGAAAUCGAGCUCUGAGGCAGGGCCUGAAAACGCACGGUAUCUUGAUAAAGAAUGGUUUAAUGCAGAGUGACAUACUCAAGACUAGUUUGAUUGAUAUGUAUUUCAAAUGCGGCAAGGUUAAGCUGGCACGUGCCGUGUUUGAUGAUGUCGAGGAAAGAGAUGUGGUGGUAUGGGGAGCAAUGAUAGCAGGGUUUGCUCAUAAUAGGUUGCAAUGGGAGGCAUUAGAAUACACGAGAUGGAUGGUAACAGAGGGCAUUCGAGUAAAUUCCGUUAUAGUGACGAGCAUUCUUUCGGUUAUUGGAGAAGUUCUUGCUCGGAGAAUAGGGCAGGAGGUUCACGCUUACGUGAUAAAAACAAAAGCGUACUCGGAGCAUUCGUUUGUUCAGUCUGCGUUGGUCGAUAUGUAUUGCAAGUGCGGAGAUAUGAUUUCGGGUCGGAAGGUAUUUUACGGGACAGCUGUGAGAAACACUAUUUCAUGGACCGCUCUUUUAUCCGGUUACGUAGCAAACGGGAGGCUCGAGCAGGCGCUAAGAUCAAUUGUUUGGAUGCAACAAGAAGGUUUCAAACCUGAUAUCGUGACAGUUGCUACAGUUCUUCCAGUUUGUGGGAAAUUGAGGGCGUCAAAACAAGGGAAGGAAAUUCAUGCUUAUUCGGUUAAAAACGGGAUUCUUCCCUAUGUGUCUGUUUCAACUUCUUUGAUGAUGAUGUACUCGAAGUGUGGUGCGUUGGACUACAGUUUAAGAGUGUUCGAUAAUAUGGAGAGGAAGAAUGUGAUUGCAUGGACGGCCAUGAUUGAAUGCUAUAUGGAAAGUCGGUGCUUGAACGAAGCACUUGGUGUUUUUCGAUUAAUGCAAUUGUCUAAGCACAGGGCGGACUCUGUCACGAUAGCGAGAAUAUCGAGUGUUUGUGGCCAGCUUAAAAACGAAAAGCUCGGGAGAGAAAUCCACGGACAGGUUUUGAAGAAGGAUUUGACUUCGAUCCCUUUCGUUUCUGCAGAAAUAGUGAGAAUGUACGGAAACUGCGGAGCAGUUAGUAAGGCGAAGUUGGUUUUCGAUGCUGUUCCGGUAAAAGGGUCGAUGACGUGGACUGCGGUUAUCGAGGCUUACGGGUGCAACGGCGAAUAUGCAGAAGCUAUACGGAUUUUCAAGAAAAUGAUGUCGGAUGAUUUCUCGCCAAACCAGUUCACUUUUAAAGUGGUGCUACGUAUUUGCGAACAAGGUGGAUUUGCCGAAGAUUCACUGAGGUUUUUCAGUUUAAUGAGUCGGAAAUAUAGAAUUAAAGCGUCGGAAGAACAUUACGGUAGCAUCGUUGAUCUUCUCACUCGUUUGGGUCGAACGGAGGAGGCUGAGAGAUUUGUACAGCUGAGAUCAUCCUUAUUGGAUUAACCACAAAGAUUAAUUAAACUCUGAUCUGGAUUGUAAUUGGUUAAUUAAAGGAUUACAUGUAAGUGGAACUAGAAAUGUAAGGUGUUAAUUAUGUAAAAAGCAAACUUCAAAAGGGCCUGCUGGUAAUUUAGCUGAACAAUAUUUGCUUGUAAUAAUUUUCUGCCAUUUUUUUUAUGAGAUUGAUUGCUCAAUUGCAGGGAA